AUGAUUGCAAAACUAAACAAGAAAGGAUAAAUCAACUUGAAAGUGUUUUUAUUGGAAAGACUGCUUCAUUUAUAUUAUUUUGUAAGUCUUUAAAAGAUUAUAUUUUAUUUGAUUAGCGUUUUAGGUGACUUAUAAUUUAUUACAUUUUUAUGGGUUCCUAUUUUUGAAUCAUAGAAAUUAACAUUUUUUUAAAAUAAAAUUAAUUAUGAGUCAUUUAUCAUAUACUUAAGCAGAAUUGAUGAGUUGAUAAAUUUUCAAUUUAAUUCAUCUUUACAGUAUUAUUUUAUACCACUCAUAAUUUAAAUUUUUAUGUUUAUUAUUCCUUUACUCAUGUUGAUUUGUUUAUAAAACAAGUAAAUGAAUCAAAGACUUACAAUAAUUAAUUAUUACUUGAAGAUUAGUUCAAUAUUUUAUCAAAUAUUUAUAACCUAUUUAUUUGUUCCAUUUUUAGUGUUAAGCACUCAAUCAUUAAUUAUAUCCUUUAACCAAAAUGAUUCCAUUUACAAUAUAACUUUUACUACAUUUUCUAUUUUUUUAACAAUAAUCAUACUUAUGGUGAAUUUAUUGCUCAACAGAGAGACAAUUGAUUUAAAAGUAAAUAGAUUCUAAAAAUUCAAUUAAACGUUUUUGGAUUAUCUGUAAAUAAUACUUUAGAUUUUGUAAAUAUUUGUUUAUGGUAUCAUUAAGGGUGAAAUUAAUGGAUAAACUUUAUAAAGUGUUUUAGUCCUAACUAUGUCAUUUAUAAAUAUUUUAUAAGUCUUCUAAUAUGAAUAUACUGAUAUAACAAAAGCUAAAAUCAGUUUGAUUACCUCUUCUUUUGGAUGUAUCACAUCAGUUUUUUAAUUAAUUAAGAGUCUAAAAUAAGAUUCGAGUUCCUAAUUUACAAAUACUGGAAUAAUUAUAAUUUUUAUAUCUUUAAGUAAAUUAUUAUUAAUAUUCCAUAAUCAAAGGGAACAGAGUACUUUAAAUAAUAUUUUAUAUAUAAAAUAACACAAAAUAAUUAAGUAUUAUUUAUCAAGACUUAUAACUGAUGAUUUAAAUAAAAGUGAAAAAACUGUAAAUAAUUCUCUAGUAUUACAUUGGAUGAGAAAAAUGGUUGAUCAAAAUACAAAUGAUACAUAAGUAAAAUCAAAUUAUGUAAAUAUAUUAACAUCUCAAAAUUUAGAUGCCUUUAUUUAAAAAAAACUACAAUAAUUUGUAAAAAGUCUUUAAAAAAUAAAAGGAUAUGAUUUACAUUAUAUAGCCUUGUUAUUUAAUUAUGGUUAUUCAAAUUUAGCAUUAAUUUAAAUUAAUUAAUUAAUCAAUAAAUCAUUAAGUUUAACAACUUAUAAAGGUUUUAUUGGAGAUGCUGAUAUUUAAAGUAGUGCUAUAAAUAGCACUUAAAAAUAUUCAGUUCAUUAAUCAGCAUGUAGCAAAACUCUUAAAUCUAAUACAGAUGAAAUAAAUGACAUAUCAAAAAAAGAUUAGUUUAAAAAAAGUAAAUUAUUAUUGAUUGGAAAUUAUUAAUUAUCAUCAUUAAAUACUGCAAAAGCAUUAUAUUUAAAAAGACAAAUAAAAGAAAAUUUAUAGUUCAAAUUUUAUGCAAAUAACAAUUUUAAAUCGCAGUAAAAUAAUAUGAGAUUGGGAGUUGAAUUAUUUUUAAGGAAUGAAAAAAGAAUUUAAGGAUUAAGAAGUGCAAUGAUUUAUAUGAUUAAUGAAAAAACCUAAUUUAUGCUAUAAUUUACAACGAAAAAAGCAAUUGAUGCUGAUUAAUUAUAUGACAAUGCAAUAAAACUUAGUAAAAUAACAUAAAAUCUAGAAAACAAAUUAAAUAAUAGGUAUUAAUAAUUUCCAAGUUUAAAAAUAUAAACAAUGAUGGUAUUUUAUUAAGGAGAAAUUCUAAAUAAUUAUAUAGAUGCUUAAAAAUAUAAAAAUUUAACAUCCAUGCCUGAAGAACAACUAAUAAAUAUGGAUAUUAAUAUUAAAAAAGCAUUUUUCUCAAAAAAAGUGGUUUAUUUAAAUAUCGAACUUGAAUAUAAUUAAAAUUUAUUGAUAACAGGCAAAUCUGAAAAUGCAUUAAGAUUUUUUUAAAUAUCAGCAGAAGAUUCAAAACAUUUUACUAAUGUUGAUUAUCUCCUUCCCUUGGCUAUUAAAAAUGAACAUAGUUUAUUAGUGUAAAGAUAUAUAUAAACAAGUUAAUCUAGAUUUUACCUAAUGUAGAAUUAAACUUUUUUUAAAUUUAAUAAUUUAUUAAUUAAAUAGUGUUUACUCCUAUUUGAUAUUCAUUUCGAUAAUUUAAAUCAUUACAGGUUUUCAACUUUUUUUGAGGAAUGCAGAAAUCAAUCAGCGUAUUUAUUAGUUGAUAUUAAUCAAAAACUUGGAGGUAUAACAGAAAGUUUCUUUGAGAAGUUAGGAUUAGAUGAAAACUAUUAGAAUUAAUUUAAUAAAUAGGAUUCAACACUAUUAUAAAUUGAUUAUCUUAUACCAAAUUUUUAAAAAUUUAUAGAAGAUAAAUAAUAAAAUACAAUAACUGAAAUAAGAUUAUUAAAGGAAGAACAUAUUUAGUAAUUUUAAACAGAGAUAAAUAGAUCUUAAAAUAAAUAGUAAUUAUUAAAUUAAAUUAACUGGUCUAAUAUUGAAUAAGUAUAUAUUUUUGAAGCAGAAAUAAAUAUUUAAUAUAAAGAUAUUUUUGGUUAUGAUUAUUUUAUAAUAGAAAUAAAAGAAAUUAAAUAAUUAAUAAACUCAAAAAGAUCAUAAGUAUCAAGUAAAAUUAGAAAAUAGGAAGGUUUAGAAGAAUUUUUUGAAUUAUCAGAAUUGUCUGAAAAUGAAGCAAUUGCAUAAUCUCCUAAGAUUUCUAAAUAGUAAAAUAAGUUCAAAAUAUGCUAUGAUUAAAAUUCAGAAGAUAUUAAAUUAAUUAAAAAAAUUGCAUAAGAUAUUGAGGAUAAAUAAUAAUAAUAAUAAUAAGAUAUAUCUUUUCUUUAAAUUAAUAUUCUUAGUCCCAAUUAUAGUAAUGCUUAAUGGUAAGAUUAAUCUUAGAUACCUUUAAAAAUAUAACAAAAAAGUAUGCAAUAGGAUUACUUUCAUAAAGAUAGUGAUAAAUCAAUUUCAGUUUACUAAUCAAAAAAUAUAAAAUUAGAAGAAUUAGAAGAAGAAUUUAAAAGUAGAAACACUAAAUAACAGAUUAGUGCUCAAAAUAAGGAAAUCUAAGGAGAAAAAGAAUAAUCUUCCUCUAGUAAUGCAUUUAUGGGAAUUAAAAAGUCAAUAUUUUAUAAAAAAUAUGAAACCAUAAUUCAAUUAAUUGAUCCAAUAACUCCAAGAACUUUGAAACUGUUCAUAUUACUUUAAGAACUCACUUAUUUAAUUGGAUUAACUUAUUUUAUCAUUAUUCUUUCUAGUGCAUAAGAAGAUCUAAAUAGAUUCAUAGGUGAAAUAGAUAUGAUCUAAUUGCAUGCAGGAAUAAUGAAUCCUCAUGAUUUGUAUCUCUAAAUAAGAUAACCAAUAAUUACAUAUAAUUCAUUUCUAACUGCAGGUAAAAUCACAUAAUUAGAAUUCAAAGAACUCACUGAUCCCUUGUUUGAGAAUGUUGGUAUUGGUUACUAUGAAUUUAAAGAAGGUUUUAUUUAUUGGUUGGGCAAUCAAUACUUGACUCCAUUUUUAAAGGAUAAAAAUAUAACAGUAUACUAUAUGAUGGAAAAUGGGUCUCAAACAUAACCGAUAACUUAAAAUAUUAGAGAAGCAUUAAUGGCUACUUUAUCAUAUUAUUAUGACUUUAAGUUGAGAUUUGAGGCAAGAUUAAGUACAGCUAAUUAAACAUAUUAAGUAUAUCAAUUUGCAAAUAUAUAUAAUUUUCAUUUUUGGUUGGAGGAUUUAACUAUGGAAGUAUAUGAAUACUCAAAGAAUAGAAGUAUAGAGGUAAGCAAUAAGUGGAAUAUGAUUUGGAUUAUUUAUUUAAUGGUCAAUAUUUGUCCUUUAUUUGCUAGUUUAUUUUAUUAUAGAAUAUUUAAUUCAAAAUUAGAUUAAUUUGUAAGUCUUUUUAAAUAUUGUUCAUCGUAUAAAAUGGAAUUAGAAUUGGAAAGAUUAAAAUAUAUAUUUAAAUGGUUAAAUAAAAACAGUGAUUUAGUAUUUAAUUAUUAAUUUAGUAUAGAAUAGAAGGAAGAGGAUAUAAUAAAAUAAAGGCAAGAGCAUGAAUAAUAAAAAAUUAAGGAUAUUAAAAUUUAAUAGUAGUUUAAAAAGAUAUCUUUUGGCAUCAAAUUUAUAUUUAUUAUAAUUGGUUGGAUGGUGUUUUUUGGGUUGAGUCUAGUAUCAAAUAUUUAAAUAGGAGAAUAUUUAAAUAAAUAUUCAGCCACAGCAGAUGCCUAUAAAUUAAUAUAAGAUAUGUCUUUAUAUGCUGGAACACUUUAUCGAAAUAGAGAUUUUGGUUUAGCCUUUGCAAAUUAUCCUUACUUGAGGCCUUUUGAUAAAGAGAAGUUUUAUUUUACAAUCAAUACUGGUUUAGAAACAAUAUCUAAAUUCUUAUAAUUCUCUUAUACUUUUGAUUCUAGUUAAUAUUAAACAUCUGAAGAAUUCUUUAUUUUUUUUUAAUCAUUGCAAGAAAACAAUAUAUGUAUAGUAUUAGGAGAUCAAAAUUUGGGGUUUUUAAAAUAAUAUUGUGAAAAGUCAUUGUAAGGUAGUUUAUUAUUAGGAUUAUUUCCAACAUUAAAAUUCAUAUCAAACUCCAUUUCAAGUCAGAUGUAGAUAAAUAAUUUUACAAAAAGAGUGGAAUAUAAUAAAUAUGAAAAUGAGGGUAGUCUUAUAGUAUUAAGAGCAUUUUAGUUGAUGAGCAAAUAAUUUAAAUUAGGUAUGGUCAAUGUAACAAAAUAAUAAAUUACUAUUUGCAAUACAAUCUCGAUUAUUUUUAUUGUUUAUUCAUUAUUACUGAUGGCCUAUUUUAUAUUCAUUUUGUUGUAAAAUUUAAGGAAUGAUUUAAAUUUAGCCAGAAGAUUUAUUUUAUUAAUACCAUCAACUGUGUUAUUUUUGGAUGAUUAAUUUGAUAGGCAUGUGAGAAUUCUAAUUGCAGGACAAGAUUAUUGA